AUGGAAGAGUUUGAGAUAUUAGAUUUCCAUGAAUUAUAGGUUGAAAAGUAAGGAUUAAAUCAAGCUUCUAAAUUUUUAUAAAAGAAGAUACAAAAUGGAUUUAAAGUCAGUAUUGUAAUAAAAAAGUAACAUAACUUUGCAUUGCCUCCUUUGUAAUAAAAGAAAAAUGAUUUAUUCUCGAAACAUCAUUAACCAGUGGACCUAGUAAGAUUUUGUUUGAAUAUUAGGUAAGUCAAAGUUCUGAGAGAACAGAAAACAAUGAUAAACAUGGUUCUUCAACAUCUUCUAAUUAAAGCAUAAAAAUAACUAAAAAUUAAAUUAUCUCUCCUACUCAGAAUGAAACACCUGAACAAUAUCCAAAUGAAUAAGUUAGUCAAUAAUCUGAGAAUGAAGAAGUUUCAUUUGACAAAUCCAAAGCUAACAGUUUCGAAUAGUUACUCUAGGAAGACUAACUUUAUAAAAAAUUAAGAAAUGGUUUGCAAUUUCUAAGGGAUGGUAAAUUUAAAGUAGCAUUAGAAAGAAUGAUGGAUAUAUAUAAAGAAGCAUAUGAAAAAUUAAAACAAUAAGUGGAUAAAUUAUAAAUUUCAGUAAUUAUAUUAAUAUGUGUUCAAUCACUUUGUUAUUCAUCUUAAAUUCUCAAAGAAUUAGGAUAAAUUAAUGAAGCAUUAAAGUAACAUAUUUUUAUUUAAUAUAAGAUGUUUAGAUAAAUGUUUAAAUUAAUUUGAAAUUAAUGAUUUUGAUGUAUUGUGCAAAAUUUAUAUUGAAAAAGCAAAUCUAUAUUUACUCAAUCAUCAAUAUAUAUAAUCCUUAGAUUAUUAUAAAAAAGCAUUAAUCUAUUAUGAAUAAGUAAAUUGGAAAUUAGAUAUUGCUAGAAUAUUAGUUAAGAUAUCAUUUGUAUAUGCUUUACUUCGUAAUACAUUAGAUUUAAUUUAAUAGAUGAUAUUGAAGAUGCAAAGAAGAUUUGUUAUGAAGGACUCUCAAUCUUACAAAAUAAAUUAGAUCAUUAAGAUCAAAGAAUAUUUGAAACAUACUAUACUUUGGGUUGUAUUUAUUAUCUAGAAAAAGAGUAUGAUUUUGCUCUUGAAUAUUUAGAAUAAUCAAAAGAGGGUUUCAUAAAAUUGUAUUAAUAUUAUCACAUUAUAAUCUUAAUAGAUAUGGAGAAAAGAAUGAAUAAUUAUUUAAAAUAAUGAAUUUAUAAGGAGUCAUUCAUCAUUUAUAAGGUAAUAGCAUAAAUGCUAUGGAGAUCUAUGAAUAAAUUAUCUCAUAUUGUGGGUAUUAAGACUUAUCAUUAUCAUUAAGCGAUACUAACUCUAUAGUUUUAGCAUUAAUAUUGAAUAACUUAGCUUUGGCUUAUUUAGAUAGAAUGAAGUUUAAAAGUGCUAAUUUAUCAUUUACUAAAGCAAUUACUAUUUUAAAAUCAUAUUUCAAUGAAAAUCAUACAACUUUAUAAAGAAUAGAAAAAAAUAAGAUGCUUGUAGCAUCCGCUACUUUAUCUUAUAUGUGA